AUGCUCGUGAGUGGUCCUACGACAGAGUACCAGCGGAUCAACCUCGCCAAGCUGGAGGCCAACUACGCCAGUCACAAGCGAGAGCCUCUGGGUAAAACUUUCUCGCGAGGCCACAAACUCCCGGCACACAUGCAGAGACCCGAGUUCGCGUUCGGCAUGAGCGGGACCUUUUGCGAGUCGGCCAAGGAGCUGCUGUAUCCGUCGACGUCAGCUCGUCUGCUAAACAGUCGGGAGGACGAAGCGCUCUACAGGCGAUCGCACGGAUCUGUCGCCCCCGGAGAGCAAAAGAACCGCAACUAUCGGUGGGAAUCAGCAAACAUCAACCCGGCGAAGCAUCGAUUUGGCGUGAAACCUGCUGGAAGUACCGGUCGUGAAGGAGGCGAGGUGGCUGUCAUCUUAAACCCGGAGAUGAACGAGAGCGUCAUCCCACCUGCCGUCGCACCUCAGCACCUUGAAGAUCGGAGAACGCUCUACGAUCACCUCGGCAAGCCUCGACACUUAGGUGCAGCCGAUACUGACAACGUGCCCAGCAAUCACGUCUUCGGUAUUACGACGCAGGAUAGCGACUCCGCUUGGCAGUGCAUCCAAGGCGAGUACUCGCCUGAAGAGCAGCAACCUGAUCCGGACCUUGGCCGUGCAGUAAAUCACGGGUGGCGGAACGCUACUGCAGACGCUCGACUGUUUGGCGUGCCGACCAUCCGCAGCGAUAUUCCAGCACCAGCACGAAGGUCGAUCGCAGACGGACAGAACUAUGGAGACGAUGUCAACGCGCAGGCACUGCUGUAUCCGGAGGAGUUUGCUUCAAGUGGAGUAACAAACGCCGAGUUCGCAGAGCCCAGAGACCAAAAGUACCUGAAGGGGUUGUUCCAGCAGAUCGGCCACGGCGUGUCCGACGAAGACUUCGAGCUGAUCUGGAAGCAGGCAACGCAGAGCGUGAGGUACACACCAGUAGGACAAGCUAGUAUCGCCGACUACCGCGACGCACUCAACGACUUCCUUGGAGCUCAGGAAAGAGGUCCUGCAGCGCUGCAGCAGUGGCAGAGUCGCGUACAGGCCCUGUAG